UACUAGCCCCCCCAUGUUCUUCUCAAAUCUGUCAGCUUUCCGAGUUCGCGAAUCCAAAAAUUUGGGAUUUUGAAGACCUAAAAAGUCCUCAAUCAUCAUCGUCUCCAUGAGACUAGGUUCCAGAAACCAUGGCAGCAAUCAAUCAUAAUGAAUCGCUGAUCUUCAUGCAAGCAAGCAGAGAAAGAUUGCUAUCCGGGAAUGGGUAUUCCUCGGAAUUGGGAUUCGGGUCUCCGGGUCAACCCGCCGGUGGAGGGUUUCGCGACAGAAUCUCGCGGUUCUUCGGAGAUGUUAAGGAGGGGUUGAUCAAGGCGUACGACAUGGGCCGGAAAGAUCCGCGCAAGGUGGUGUUUGCGGCUAAGAUGGGCCUGGCUCUCUCCCUUGUUUCUCUCCUCGUCUUCUUCAAAGAACCCCUCAGCUACAUUGGCACUCGCUCCGUUUGGGCCAUCCUCACUGUUGUUGUCGUCUUCGAAUUCAGCAUAGGGGCAACACUUAGCAAAGGAUUUAACAGGGCAAUCGGGACUUUUUCUGCCGGGGGACUAUCCUUGGGGAUUGCUGAAUUGUCUCUCAUGGCUGUCAAAUGGCAAGAAGAAAUCAUUGUUGUCAGCAUCUUUAUCACAGGUUUUGUAGUAAGUUACUUGAAACUGCUUCCCACCAUGAAGCAAUACGAGUAUGGAUUCCGGGUGUUCUUGUUGACCUACUGCAUAGUCUUAUUAUCUGAAUCUUCCAAAUUCAUAGAAACUGCUUUUUCCCGGCUAUUGCUUAUUGGGGUUGGUGCUGGUGUAUGCUUGCUUGUGAAUGUAUGCGUCUUCCCCAUUUGGUCCGGUGAAGAUUUGCACAAACUGGUUGUGAAAAAUUUCAAAGGCGUUGCAGAUUCUUUUGAAGGUUGUGUGAAUGGUUAUCUGCAAUCUGUUGAAUACGAGAGGGUACCUUCGAAAAUUCUUCUCUAUCAGGCAUGGGAUGACCCUGUGUACAGUGGGUAUAGGUCUGCCUUAGAGUCCACCAGCCAAGAAGAUUCUCUGUUGAGUUUUGCAGUCUGGGAACCGCCCCACGGCCGUUACAAAAUGUUCAAGUACCCAUGGAGUGAAUAUGUCAAAGUUAGCGGCGCAUUGAGGCAUUGUGCCUUCAUGGUCAUGGCUAUGCACAGUUGUAUUCUUUCAGAGAUACAGGCAGCGCCGGAACUAAGGCAUGUGUUUGGGAAGGAGAUUAAGAGAGUUGGGAACGCGGGAGCGAAAGUGAUAAGGCACCUGGGAGAGAAAGUGGAGAAAAUGGAGAGACUGGGCCAACACGUUGAAGACAUUCUCAAGGAAGUGCACCAGGCUGCAGAGGAGUUGCAGAUGCUGGUUGACCACAAGUCAUACUUGCUGGUCAACGCCGAGAACUGGGAGAGUGUGAAACGGCCCAAGAACUUGGAGGACCCAGAAGACCUCCUAGACCUCAAGGAGAGCCAGCAGCAGAAGCCGAUGCUCAUAAACUCCCUGAGCGAAGCCACUCUCAACAUGAGGUCCAUGCAGACGCUGAAGCACAUGGACACUCAACUGGAGCAGCAGACGAAUUGGCCCUCGCGGCUUUCAGUGUUGGGAGACAUGAUCCUUAAUGAGCGCGAGGUGCGGACUUAUGAGAGCGCGAGCCCUUUGUCUUUGUCUACUUUUACUUCGUUGUUGGUUGAGUUUGUUGCCAGGCUUCACAAUCUUGUCAGUGCCUUUGAGGUUCUUAGCACCAGAGCUAAGUUUGAGGAGCCAUUGGAUGGAUGAAAUGGGGGCAUGAGAGAAAGAAAGAAAGAAAGAAAGAAGUGGUUCCAUUGUUGAUGAAAUUCUUUGGGUAAAGUGACACUCAAAGAGCUUUUUGUUUGUGUGAAGGAAAUGACACAACAAAAAAAAAAAAAAGAUGACAAGUGUUAUACUCUGACCAUGUGGCAUGCUUUUGUUUUCAUGUGAACAACAAAAUACAAACGCAAAAGAAAUGAUAUUUGAUAGU